GCUUCAGGUCAGCCCAGCCCCAAGCCAAACCCUCGUUACAUCCAACCCAUCCCGUCCCUCGCUCAAUCACCAUGAAGUUCAUCGCCAGCCUCCUUCUCCUUCUGACUCCGGUCGCUCUCGCCCUCCCUACUGCUGUCGUCACUGAAGUCGAGGCGGAGAUCGAGACCAGGCAGUGCUUCGUCACAUGCGGCUCGACAUGCUACUCCAGCUCCCAGGUGUCUGCAGCACGCAGCAAGGGCUACUCGUACUACCAGUCGAACAGCCAGGCCGGUAGCUCCAGCUACCCGCACACGUAUAACAACUACGAGGGCUUCGACUUCCUCGUUUCUGGACCGUACCAGGAGUUCCCGCUGAGGACUUCCGGCGCUUACACUGGUGGAUCACCGGGUGCCGACCGUGUUAUCUUCAACACGAAGGGCCAGAGGGCGGGAGAGAUCACGCACACUGGCGCUUCGGGCAACAACUUCGUUGCUUGCUCAGGAUGGUAGAGCGUGGUUUGGCUUAGAGAGGCUGCCACUGCGGAGAAAAUUUGUUUCUUGGGGGACGGAGGCUUGCUGUAUUCGAUGAGUCUGUGUUUGAUGUGACGACGGGUUGGCGGCUGCCAGCCUGCUCCGGCGAGAGGGAUGGGCUACGACUUGACGUAGUAUGAUACCAAUUGAUACUUCCACUGCGCCAUUUGAUACUGAGUUCUAUAUUGGGUAUCUAACUCUAUUGCAAGAGAUCG